CCGGCGCGCGCACGCCGCCUGGCGUCCUCGCUCCCGGGGCGUCGCCCCGCGUGCGCUGGAGUCACCGAGGCCACCCUUGGCACCGGAAGUGCCCCUGGCGGGUCUGCCUUCAAAGUCUGGGCUACUUGAAGCAGCAUCUGGGGCUCGUGACGGUUGGACCAGGCAGUGCUGGGUCCGUGAGCAGAGAGCAGGGUGGUUGGGGCGGACAGGGGAGGGCCCUACUUCUUCGCUGCCCGGAACCCCGCUCGGCUCUCCCCCUCCGCCCGGCAGUGGGCGGUUUCCCGAGAGCCUCUGCGCCGCAGAUACUCCAUAAGACUUGUAUUUCAUGUACUGAAGUUACCAACUCAGAUCUUUUCCUGCUCUCAGAGAUUCAAGGUGGACAAGUGCCUUGAGAUGAAGGCCCCCCGCCAAGUACCGGGGGACUUUAGAAGGGGGAGGGCUUAUUCUGAACUGACAAGUUUGCUUGUAAUUGAGCAUGAGUCUUCUUAUGAUUAGUGAGAAUGUAAAGUUGGCCCGUGAAUAUGCCUUGCUGGGAAAUUACGACUCUGCAAUGGUCUAUUAUCAGGGAGUUCUUGACCAAAUGAACAAGUAUCUGUACUCAGUCAAAGAUACAUACCUCCAGCAGAAAUGGCAACAGGUUUGGCAGGAAAUAAAUGUGGAAGCAAAACACGUUAAGGAUAUCAUGAAAACACUAGAGAGCUUUAAACUAGACAGCACUCCAUUAAAAGCCGCACAACACGAGCUUCCAGCGUCUGAGGGAGAAGUCUGGUCCUUGCCCGUACCUGCCGAACGAAGACCAUCACCAGGACCUAGAAAGCGCCAGUCUUCUCAGUACAGCGACCCUAAACCGCAGGGUAACCGUCCAAGUACAGCUGUCAGAGUUCACCGUCCAUCCACACACAAUCUUCACAAUGACAGAGGGAAAGCUGUUCGUAGUCGGGAAAAGAAAGAACAGAAUAAAGGAAGAGAAGAAAAGAACAAAUCACCUGCUGCAGCUACAGAACCAGAGACAAAUAAAUUUGAUAGUACUGGGUAUGAUAAGGACUUAGUAGAAGCUUUGGAAAGGGAUAUAAUUUCUCAGAAUCCCAAUGUUCGAUGGGAUGAUAUUGCUGAUUUAGUAGAAGCUAAAAAGUUGCUUAAGGAAGCUGUGGUGUUACCAAUGUGGAUGCCAGAAUUCUUUAAAGGCAUUAGGAGACCAUGGAAAGGAGUGUUAAUGGUGGGCCCACCUGGCACAGGAAAGACCCUCCUUGCUAAAGCAGUAGCAACGGAAUGUAAGACAACAUUCUUCAAUGUCUCUUCAUCAACUCUGACUUCCAAAUACAGAGGAGAGUCUGAGAAGCUUGUUCGUCUUCUGUUCGAAAUGGCUCGAUUUUACUCUCCAGCUACUAUAUUUAUUGAUGAGAUAGACUCCAUUUGCAGCCGCAGAGGGACUUCUGAAGAGCACGAGGCAAGCAGAAGGGUGAAGGCCGAGCUGCUGGUUCAGAUGGAUGGUGUUGGAGGUGCUUCUGAAAAUGAUGACCCUUCCAAAAUGGUUAUGGUUCUGGCAGCUACUAAUUUUCCCUGGGAUAUUGAUGAGGCUUUAAGACGACGUCUUGAGAAAAGAAUCUAUAUUCCAUUACCAUCAGCAAAAGGCAGGGAGGAACUAUUACGAAUAAGUCUCCGUGAGCUGGAAUUGGCUGAUGAUGUUGACCUUGCGAGUAUAGCAGAAAACAUGGAGGGUUAUUCAGGUGCGGACAUUACCAACGUAUGCAGGGAUGCAUCCUUGAUGGCAAUGAGAAGGCGUAUUGAAGGUUUGACCCCGGAAGAAAUCAGAAAUCUUUCAAGAGAAGAAAUGCAUAUGCCUACAACUAUGGAGGAUUUUGAAAUGGCUUUAAAAAAGGUUUCAAAGUCAGUAUCUGCUGCAGACAUUGAAAGAUAUGAGAAAUGGAUAUUUGAGUUUGGAUCAUGCUAAAUUCUCACAUGUAAACUGUGAGCAACCUUGCAUUAAGUGUUUGAAUAAUUAAAUGUAGUAUUUCAUUGCACCAAGCGCUAUAUUUUUUUAAACUUUCGUUAUGGUAAGAGUGAAAAAAAAGUAUGAUUCUGAAUAAAGGCAGUUUUUUCAAGUUA